AAACAUUUCUCAGACAUUCCAUAAACCCUAUAUCAACAAUCGCCGCAGACAGAACUGCGUCUUCUUUCUUCACCGACGCCACUCCAUUAUUCAUCGCGUUUGAGCACCAGCAGCGAAAAUGGUUGCGGCGAAGAAGACGAAGAAGACCCACGAGAGCAUAAACAACAGGCUCGCCCUUGUCAUGAAGAGCGGCAAGUUCACUCUAGGUUUCAAGACCGUCCUCCGAUCUCUCCGCAGCUCAAAAGGGAAGCUGAUAAUAAUCUCCAACAAUUGCCCCCCACUGCGCAAGUCCGAGAUUGAGUACUACGCAAUGCUUGCCAAGAUUGGAGUUCACCAUUAUAACGGAAACAAUGUUGAUCUGGGGACAGCAUGUGGAAAGUAUUUUCGUGUGUCCUGCCUUAGCAUUGUUGAUCCAGGUGAUUCAGAUAUUAUCAAGUCACUCCCUGGUGAUCAUUGAGAGAUGCUUUUUGGUUAAUGGUUAUAAUGCCCUCAAUUCCUUAAACCAGUAUAACUGUCUUUUAAGACCUCCGGUAGGGUUUCCCAAUUUCUGCUGUUACUAGAAUACAACGCUGCAACCUUCCAUUAGCAGAAGUAGUUUUAUGUUAAGGAGCUUGUGGAGACCCUGAUUUUUUUUUACUUGCCCGAAGUUGUUUCUUGAACUAGGUGUGAUGCAUGUUUAAUGAAAAUGAUUCUUAGAGUGUGUUUGGUCC